AUGGAGCCUGCUUCGGCAGCCCCUCCUGCUGGAGAUGUGUCUCCAGGAGCCUCUCCGAGUGCCUCGGGCGCUCUGACUGGAGAGUUGGUUCUGGACAGGCUGGCGCAAGCGGUCAGUCAGUUGGCUAUGUCAUCGUCGGCGUCUUCGGCUGGCGGUGGCUGGAAAGAAAGCAAGUUUGUGAGACAGCCUGAUGUUUUCGAGCCAAAAGACAUGGAACAAGAAAUGCAGAUGUGGAACGAUUGGUCUUUCCGCUUCAAGUCCUUUAUGAUGAUUCAGGACCCCAUGUUCAAGGAGGACUUGGACCAGUGUGAAACAGCUACGGCCUUUACUGCUUUCAACAGCUACACCGAAGGCCAAAAGCAGAGAGCAGUUCGUCUCUACGCCAUGCUGGCUUCCUACUUGAGGGGGAGACCACUCAAGAUGCUGCGUUCGGUCACUGACGCGGAUGACUUCAAAGUGUGGCGCCAGCUCCAUGAUGAACUGGCACCAAAGAGCAGACCUAGGACUUUGGCGCUUGCUCAAGCGCUCACUCGGUUUCCACCGUACAAGGAGGGCACCAGCAUCCUCGAGUAUGUGCUCACGUUCGAGCGGCUGGUUCGAGAGUACGAAUCUCUUUCUUCCCAAGUCUACGCAGAAGAUCUGAAAAUAGGAACACUUCUCUCCGGCCUUCCUACAGAAAUGCGCAGAUACCUUCAGAUGCAGAUCGUCGACUCUACCAAGUACGAGCAACUUAGGGAGAGGGCUUCUGUUUCGACUGCGCCAACUUCGGCGACCUCCAUGGCCAAGAGCAAGGCGAAGGUUCAGCGUGUUGAUCUGUGUGCCUUUGAAGAGAGUGACGGUGAUACUGAGGAUGUUCAUGUCACAUUCUACGAUGGUUCUGUGCGCGUUGUUCGUGAGAUUGAUGCAGAGCCUCUUCUUGAUCCCAGUGCAAGUGCAGAUGAGUUACCGAGCAGUAGUACCAUGUGGUAUCGCAUGACAUCAGAUUCUUCGGACAGCCAGAGCUUGAAGUCUUUGUGCAGCGGUGAACGCGCCAUUGAUGUUUCAAGCCAAAUGAGUUCGGAGGAAGUUGCUGCGAGGGCUGUGAGAGACACGGGCCUUCAUGAAGUUAUUCUGGACUCCGGCGCUGAUUGCGCAGUGCUGCCUCAAGGUCAGUUCGGAUCUGUAGGCGAGGAUGGUCACCGCAGAGCGACCCUUGUCGAUGCACAGGGGAACACCAUUCCCCAAUCUUCUUCUCGGCAGCGCGUUCUGUUUGAAGUAGAAGGUGAGGAUGGAGAAAUGAUCCAGUUUACUGAUUUUGCCAUUCUUGCCAAUGUCAAGCAGCCUCUGUUUUGCUUUGGGAAGCUCUUAAAGAAUGACUGGCAGCCUGUGAAAGAGGACGGUUCUUGGUACUUGCGCCGUGAUGAUUCUCGCUUCGGGGUUCAUUGGAGCAAGAACUCUCUGGCAACCUUCAUGAGAAUAAGCAGGGUUUCUGAUGAGCCUUGUUCCGAGCCUAGAGAAGAUCCCCCCGAAGCAGCUGAAGGCGCAACCCAAAACACAUGUGAUCAAGAUCCGCUUCGCCUUUGUGUGGUGCUGGCCCUCAGCGACCACAUCGAUGUGCUCACGCAUGAGGCUGGAUGGGGGCUCUCGAUAGAAGGGUUCCCGGCGCAUCUUGGAAUGGGGAUGCGUGGAACGCUUGAUGGUAGCAUCUCCGGCUUCACUCCUGAUGAUUGGCCUUUGAGAAUAACGCUGCUCUGGACUCUGGAGAGGAGGUUCUCGCUAUGA